AGAGCCGCCGCCAUCGCCGCCAUCGUGUCGGGACCUCUCAGUUGCCGGGGCUGCCCUCCGCGCUGCCUGCGCCCAGCGCGUCCGGCAGUCCAGGGAGCGCGGCCUUGAGCGAGUACUGAAGAUUGAACCCAAGGAUUUAUACGUACUAGGCAAGAGCUCUACCAUUGAACUGCACCCCCAAGUCUUAUAAUGCUGGGAGUCCUUCUGCUGUUGGCAGCUGCCUCACUGGGCCUUGUGCUGCUAGUCCUGCUGCUAUUACGGAGAUACCGGUUGUGCUGGGGAUUAUUAGUCAUCUUCUGGCUUGAGUGGGUCCUGCAGCCAGUCCACAACCUGAUCAUGGGUGACACUAAGGAGCAGCGUAUCCUCCGCCAUGUGCAGCAGAACGCAAAGCCUGGAGACCCUCAGAGUGUGCUAGAAGCCAUUGAUACUUACUGCACGCAGAAGGAAUGGGCCAUGAACGUGGGUGAUAGGAAAGGCCAGAUUGUGGAUGCUGUGAUUCAGGAGCACAGCCCCUCCCUCGUGCUGGAGCUGGGGGCCUACUGUGGCUACUCAGCUGUGCGGAUGGCUCGCCUGCUGCCAACUGGUGCACGACUGCUCACCAUGGAGAUGAACCCUGACUUUGCUGCCAUCACCCAGCAGAUGGUAGAUUUUGCAGGUCUGCAGGACAAGGUCACUGUCCUGGUUGGGGCAUCCCAGGACCUCAUUCCCCAGCUGAAGAAGAAGUAUGAUGUGGACACACUGGACAUGGUGUUCCUUGACCACUGGAAGGACCGAUAUCUGCCAGACACACUCCUCCUGGAGGAAUGUGGCCUGCUGCGGAAGGGGACAGUACUUUUGGCUGACAAUGUCAUCAUCCCAGGAACACCAGAAUAUCUGGCAUAUGUGCGUGAAAGCAGCAACUUUGAGUGCACACAUUACAGCUCAUAUUUGGAAUACAGGAAGGUGGUGGAUGGCCUUGAGAAAGCCAUCUACAAGGGCCCAAGCAGUCCAGUGCAGCCUUGAUCGUCUAUCCUGCUCUGGGCUCCCCUGCCAAGCCUGGUCCUCCAAAGGGCAAGAUAGACUAACUUCUACUAAUGCCAUUUCUAUAAUUCUGAGAUUGUCCUCAAAUCCAAAGCUUACUUUAGGCCUGUAAGGCCUGGGCCUUGCCCAUAUAGUGACCUCUCUGUGUUGCAGUUCCAGAUUGUCACACUCUGUCACGCUCCAUAGUAUAGGUUCAUUGUGUGAAAAUACUGCUGACAAAGCUAAAUUGAGGGUAGCGGGGAUAGCUCAGAGCACUUGCCUAGUGAGGCUCUGGGUUCCAUCCUUAGCAACACACACCAUAAACACACACACACAGACCAAAUUGGGGCAGGUGGUAUCUUUGGUGUCACUGACCAGCAAGUGGAAUUCCAAUAGGGUUUCUAUAUGGUCCUCAGGCACUGACACCUCUAUUAGAUCCAGGAAGGGGUGUGGAAGUCAGACAUCUACAAACUGCUGUGCCUUCCACUCAGGAUGUCCUCAAGGCUUGCUGUCAGUAGGUGGCAGCAAAGUAACUACCAGAAUUAACAACUCAUAUCAUACUUUGGACUCCUGAAUUUUCACUUUCUUUUUAAGAAUGAAUCAUAACUGCUUUACUAAAAUUGGCUAGCUGCAAUAAUCUUAUACUAAAAUAAUGUUUAAAGGACAAAAUAGAAAUUAAAAAUUAAACGUUGGGCAUGGUUGUGCAUACCUAUAAUCCCAGCGGCUUGGGAGGAUUAUGAGUUCAAAGCCAGUCUCAGCAACAGUGAGGCACUAAGCAACACAGUGAGACCCUGUCUCUAAAUGAAAUACAAAAGAGGGCAGGGAAUGUGGCUUAGUGGUCGAGCACCCCUAAGCUUAAUUCCCAGUACCAAAGAAAAAAAGAAAGAAAGAAAAGAUUAAGUAUUUAGAUACAAGAUAACUGAGUAUAGUUCUUCUCAACUGCCACACUGCUCCCUCUUUCCCAGGACCCUUUGCUAAUAUCAAACAUGCCAAUUUCCUCUUGAUGGAAUGCUAAUGCUACAGGUUAGGCUCAUGGCUGGCUGGGUCCUGUGUAUCACACCCAGCCUAGGAUUUCUGGCCAUAGCAGUGAAGUGGAAGCCAGCCUUACUUAGUAUUACUGAAAAAAAAGAAAAAAAAAAAAAAAAAAAACAGAACAGAAAUUGGCCAGCCUUUACCCAUCUCUAAGCAGGCACUAGGUAGAGGUGAACGCAGGGCUAUGCAAAGUACCUGACUCCCUGGACCCUCAUGUGGCACUGUAAAUGAUUAUGUUCCUUCCUAUUCCCAGUCAGCUUGGUUUAAUGCAAAGGAAGGCAGGCUUAGCCUAGCCAGAGCAUUUCUUCUGGCUGCUCAGGUACCCAGUGGUGAAGCAGAGUUGAUUUGUGUAUGCCUAAAUCUAGAGCUGCUCCAGCCCCCACCUUGGCUCUGAGGCCCCAGCUCCUCCAAGUGAUCAGAUUACUGGCCACCCCAGCAGGAUCCCAGUUCCUAUACUGGACACAAAUAUAAACGCUGUCCAAGCUGAGCUCACCUGUGCCCAUUCCUGGUCUCAGGGCCAGCUAACCACCCAUAAGCCAGCCCACUUCUCUGAGCAUAGAGAAAAGGAAUUAGCAAGUAGCCAGGGUGAAUGGAUAUGGAGAAAUGCCCAAAGGGCAGGAGCAGAGUCUGCACUGGUCAGCCUUUACCUACCCAAGGCUGAGGGAGAAGCCCAGUGGCUUGGGAAAAAGAAGCUGAGCCACACAAAACAGAAAGUUCUUUGUUGCUUUUUUAAAAUUUUCUUACAAAAAGUUAGAUGUUUACCAAUACAAUCUUAUUUUGGUUUUGUUUUUAA